AUGGAGGCUAGGGUUUUUUUGGGAGUGGAGAUAAGGGGUUUAAUGUUGAGUGAAAAGACAAAACAUAGGCAGCAUAUGUUAUGUUUGAAGGAAAAGAGAGUAGCCUUGCAAUUUGAAGGGAGUGGUGACCGUGAUGGAAUGAAUAGAUCCUGGUUGGCUCGAUUGGAGGCUAUUUUGUUGAGGUUUGAGCAUUAUGUACAUGGCUUGGAUUAG